AUGACAGCUAGAAGUACAGAACCUUACAGAGUAUCCUCUGUUGAUAAUAUAACAAUUCUGGUGUCACAGGUAGCACUUAAAACACAUUCCUUGCUGGACGAAGUAGAGACGCCUCCAGUCCGUCGGGUCUCUCGCUGCAGUUCCGCAGGUUGGCCACAGGGGGCGGAAUCUGCGGCGGCCUGGAAAACUGGCGGGGGCGCGAGGCGCCGCUCUCUCUUGGCUCGGGCUCUCGGCUCCCGGCUCCAGCGCCCGCAUACUGUCGAGGGUAUGGAGAUGAAGGGUGCUCUCCGGGAGCCCUGUGCCCUGACCCUAGCCCAGAGGAACGGGCAAUAUGAGUUAAUAAUCCAGUUGCACAAGAAGGAACAGCGUGUUCAAGAUAUCAUUCCUAUAAAUAGCCACUUCAGAUGUAUACAAGAAGCAGAAGAAACUCUUUUGAUUGACAUACCUUCAAACAGUGGCUGCAAAAUUCGGGUUCAGGGGGACUGGACCAGAGAGCGCUGCUUUGAAAUCCUUGAUGAGGAACACUGUUCGAAGUUCCUCUCAGAGGUCUUUGCUGCUCAAGAAGCUCAGUCACAACUUCUUGUUCCAGAGCAAAAGGACUCAUCCAGCUGGUACCAGAAAUUAGACACGAAGGACAAACCUUCUGCUUUUUCAGGGCUUCUUGGAUUUGAGGAUAAUUUUUCAUCUAUAAAUUUGGACAAGAAAAUAAAUUUACCAAAUCAGCCUACAGGGAUUCAUCGGGAACCCCCACCCCCACCUCCACCCGCUUCAAUGAAUAAAAUGCUUCCACGUGAAAAAGAAGCUUCUAACAAGGAACAGCCCAAAGUGACCAACACCAUGCGGAAGCUCUUUGUACCAAAUACCCAGUCUGGGCAGCGAGAAGGUCUCAUCAAACAUAUCCUGGCAAAGCGAGAGAAAGAAUAUGUCAACAUUCAGACUUUCAAAUUUUUUGUUGGAACUUGGAAUGUGAAUGGCCAGUCUCCAGAUAGCGGAUUAGAACCUUGGCUGAACUGUGAUCCGAAUCCUCCUGAUAUCUACUGCAUUGGAUUCCAAGAGCUGGACUUGAGCACAGAAGCCUUUUUCUACUUUGAAUCUGUGAAAGAACAAGAGUGGUCCAUGGCUGUGGAGAGGGGUUUGCAUUCGAAAGCCAAGUAUAAGAAAGUUCAGCUAGUCCGUCUUGUUGGGAUGAUGCUCCUUAUAUUUGCCAGAAAGGAUCAGUGUCGAUAUAUCCGUGAUGUUGCUACAGAAACAGUUGGAACUGGAAUCAUGGGGAAAAUGGGAAACAAAGGUGGAGUAGCUGUGAGAUUUGUGUUUCACAACACUACCUUUUGCAUUGUCAAUUCACAUCUGGCUGCCCACGUGGAGGACUUUGAGAGAAGGAAUCAAGAUUAUAAGGACAUCUGUGCGAGAAUGAGUUUUGUGGUCCCAAAUCAGACCCUCCCACAACUGAACAUCAUGAAACAUGAUGUUGUCAUUUGGUUGGGAGAUUUGAACUACAGACUUUGCAUGCCUGAUGCCAGUGAGGUGAAAAGUCUAAUUACUAAGAAUGACCUUCAGAGGCUUUUGAAAUUUGACCAGCUAAACAUUCAGCGCACACAGAAAAAAGCUUUUGUAGACUUCAACGAAGGGGAAAUCAAGUUUAUCCCCACUUAUAAGUAUGACUCUAAAACAGACCGAUGGGAUUCCAGUGGGAAAUGUCGGGUUCCAGCCUGGUGUGACCGAAUUCUUUGGAGAGGAACAAAUGUAAAUCAACUUAAUUACCGGAGUCACAUGGAACUGAAAACCAGUGACCACAAGCCUGUUAGCGCACUCUUCCAUAUUGGGGUGAAGGUUGUGGAUGAACGGAAGUACCGGAAAGUCUUUGAAGAUAGCGUGCGCAUCAUGGACAGAAUGGAAAAUGACUUCCUUCCUUCCUUAGAACUCAGCAGGAGGGAGUUUGUGUUUGAGAAUGUGAAGUUUCGGCAACUACAAAAGGAGAAGUUCCAGAUCAGCAACGAUGGACAGGUUCCCUGCCAUUUUUCUUUCAUCCCUAAACUUAAUGACAGCCAGUACUGCAAGCCAUGGCUUCGGGCUGAACCUUUUGAGGGCUACUUGGAGCCAAAUGAGACAGUGGACAUUUCUCUUGAUGUGUAUGUCAGCAAAGACUCUGUGACCAUCCUGAACUCAGGGGAAGAUAAAAUUGAAGAUAUCCUUGUUCUUCAUCUGGCUCGAGGCAAAGAUUACUUCUUGACCAUCAGUGGAAAUUACCUCCCCAGUUGUUUUGGUACAUCCUUAGAGGCUUUGUGCCGAAUGAAAAGACCAAUCCGAGAAGUUCCUGUUACCAAACUCAUAGACUUGGAAGAAGACAGCUUCCUAGAAAAGGAGAAGUCCCUUCUGCAGAUGGUCCCCUUGGAUGAAGGUGCCAGUGAGAGACCCCUUCAGGUUCCCAAGGAGAUCUGGCUUCUAGUAGAUCACUUAUUCAAAUAUGCCUGUCACCAGGAGGACCUGUUCCAAACCCCUGGAAUGCAGGAAGAGUUACAGCAGAUCAUUGAUUGUCUGGAUACCAGCAUUCCUGAAACAAUCCCUGGCAGUAAUCAUUCUGUGGCUGAAGCACUACUCAUUUUCCUGGAAGCGCUGCCAGAGCCGGUCAUCUGUUACGAGCUGUAUCAGCGAUGUCUUGACUCUGCUCAUGAUCCCCGGACCUGCCGACAGGUGAUUUCCCAGCUUCCAAGGUGCCAUAGAAAUGUCUUCCGUUACUUGAUGGCAUUCCUUCGAGAACUCUUAAAAUACUCUGAAUACAACAACGUCAGUGACAACAUGAUUGCUACUCUCUUCACUAGUCUUCUCCUAAGGCCUCCACCCAACCUUAUGACAAGACAGACUCCAAGUGACCGCCAGCGUGCUAUCCAGUUCCUUCUGGGCUUUCUGCUUGGGAGCGAUGAAGACUAAGUCUUUUCUUCUUACUACUCUCCGAGAUUCUAGAGGCAAAAGAUCUUGGGCUCCAAGUAUUCCAGAAUGAUUUAAAAAGUUAUGCCACAGUAAGGGUCUAUUGCAGAAUUUCAAGUUCUGUUCAUAGUACAAAAGGAAGAGAGUUUCCUAAUCCUUCUUUUACCAUAUCCUACACAGAAAAAUACUUUUAGACUUAACUUAGCCAAGCCAAAGUUAACAUAUUUUGGUGUUUUUGUGUUUCCUCUUUAUAAAACAAAGAGAUCUGUAUUUACACUCAUUUACCUAGGGAUGUGUUUGUUGCCCUCCUACCCAGUUGUCAUGAUUAAGGAUUUGAGAUCCAGCUGGUAGGGAAGGCCUCUGUCCCUGUUGUUUUAGUACCCUAGGCCUGGAUUCUGAGAUGUUCCCAUUCUAGACCUACAAACACUACUUGCUGUAGCUCAGACUUGUCUGUAGUCCUUCAUAUAAAGCACUUUUGACCCACCCCAUCCCAUAUCACUCCUUUGCUCUCCACUCUACUCAUUCUAUCACUUUGAAGGAAGUCUGGGUGAGACUAGUGACUCCUUGGGUGUCCUCAAUGGUGGGUUCACCGUCUACAUGUGGUUAUUACAUACAUUUGUGCAUUUCUACUACAAUAAUGUCUGUAUGUUUCUGUAAUGUUGGCCUUUUUUUGGAUCCGCACUGUGUGGAACCAUAUUUUCUUAUCUCAGAUCACAUAUAGUAGCAUAACUUCAGGGACUAUUAGACAUGUUAUCCCACUGAUGUGAGAGAAUCACAAUCAGAACAGAAACACUUUGACUAUUUGAAGAGUGAGAGUAUUCAUGUUUGGCAGGUCCUGCUUCCCACUCUCCCUUUCCUGUCAUUAUUUAGAUUUUAUGUGAAGACUAAUCCUGGGUAUUUAUGGAACCCAUCUCCUGCUUAGAAAUUCACCUCCAGGGUAAUACUUGC